CAAUCGUUUAUCUGCAACAGCGGUCCAAAGCGCGCGCCCGUCCGUGGAGGAGAAGAGAGGACAGAAGGCGGCAGAAAGUCAAAUAAAGCCCAAUUAACAGAUUAUACUGAAAACCGCUGCGCUAAAUUCAGCGGAGAUGUCAGAGGAAAAACCAAAGGAAGGAGUCAAAACCGAGAAUGAUCACAUCAACCUCAAGGUUGCAGGGCAAGAUGGGUCAGUGGUCCAGUUCAAAAUCAAAAGACACACACCGCUCAGCAAACUCAUGAAGGCGUACUGUGAACGACAGGGUCUUUCAAUAAGACAGAUCAGGUUCAGGUUUGAUGGCCAGCCUAUCAAUGAGACGGAUACACCUGCACAGCUGGAGAUGGAAGAUGAAGACACCAUAGAUGUUUUCCAGCAGCAGACGGGUGGGCACUGCUAAGCCCUCCCUACCUCACUGAUGGCCACCUUCAGACCACGCCCUCAGCCAUCUUUACUGUCCCUCCCCUCCCCAUCUCUCCUCUCAGCCUAUUAUUAUUAUUAUUAUUAUUAUUAUUAUUAUUAUUAUUAUUAUUUCAUAAGUUUAAACACGUAUGUCAUGAUUAUUCAUCAGAUGUGGGUGGGGGGGGGGCUCCUCAUCUGUUUAUGUACUGUCUUAGCCAGGGCUGAACUAAGUGCGUGUCAACAGUGUCUCUGCUGGCCGAUCAGGACAUCAUUCUCCUCCUGGCGCUGCAGCCUGUGAUUGGACCAGCAGCACAUCACAGCUGCUUGUGGUUUGACAGUGCUUCUUGUUCACUCUCCAGUGAAAGCUUAGUAUCCAGUAGUUUGUCACCAGUUUUCAUCAUUGGGGUUGAAUAUGAGGCUCUGUACGUCGUUGCCCAGGGGUCACCGUGCGUGGGUGUGAAAAUGUUCUCAAGUGGAAUCACUAUCUAAACUUAAUACACACCCGCCUUCCAUUUCACGUCGCUUUCUUGUGAUUUUUGUCUGAAAAGUGACUCCUGCUCCUCUGUCCAAAAUGUAUUUUAAUUCUCUUUACAUUUUAGAUGCUUUUGCUAAAGACUCCUGCAAUGUCUUUUUUUCCCCCCUGUACAGAAGUGUCAGAGUGGAUGUUAGGUAAAUGUUGUGGGCCUUGGACCAAUACUUCAAAUACUGAACUUUUGUAUUUAAUGUACUUUGAUCAUUCUAAAAACAAACUGCAAGGUCACAAUAGUCACAUUUUAAGGGAAUUUGUAUUUCAUAAUUGCUUCCUCCUCAACAGCUACUCCUUAAUUCUUUCUGGGUAUCUGCAGCACAGAUACUGAACUGUAGCUGGACUGACUCAUCCAGACGAAUGCCUGCAUAGGGGAGAAGGAAGUGACACCAUUGACGUCCAGUCUCCUGAGCUGGCAAACACAACGUUGUUUGGUUCACUGCCCUAUUUUCCAAUGAACCGGCCAGUGACUAGAAUCUGGUAUUGCAAGAUGUUUAGUGAGUGAAACUGGGUUUAGUGAGUGGGGAUAACCUGAAGGUUGUACUUAAACACUGACUGGGGUUAGUUGUCUUAUUUCUGUUUUGUAUUUGACAAUACAAACUGUUGGGACAACUGAUUCCACCUGUGUUUUUAAGUGAGAGGUUUGAGACAAGCUAUCCAUAAAAAAAAAUCAGUGUUUCUUUCGUGCUUUUUAUUGAUACUUCACUGCUGUGUCAACUGUUCAAGGCAGCAAAGCUAUUUGGUGAUGAGUGUCUUCAAAGGUUUACGCUUCAGAGUAGGGUGCAUGCAGUUGCAUAUCUGGAGAGCAGGGACAUCAACCAAUGAGAGGAGCUUGGAAGACAAGUGUUCUCUUCCCACUGGGCCCCGUUUUUCAUACUUGGACAACUGAUGUGGCAGCAUUUGUUUGGUGGUCUGACUUGAGCAUUGGUUUAGAGCGUGUUAGUGCCCACGACCUCCGCAAAUGGUCUCUGGAUCCUGAUAUUUAACAGAUGCAUUCAAUGAAAGACUGCACCUUUCUUUGAUGCCACAACGGACACAUCCAGUAGGACCAGUAGAACCAAACCAGUAGAGUCUAAAAAGCUGCUUUGCUUGGUGCAGUCAACAGAGCAAAUGGCCAGUUUGAAGCUUAUGUUGUAAAGCAAUGUUGGGUUGACGUCUGCUCUACAGCUCUGGUUUUUGUGUUGAGGUGUUUGAUUAAGACCUGCAGUUGUAAAUGCCUGUUUGAUUCACAUCACUGAGUCACUAAGCUACACAUCAGAUCUAUCUUUAAAGGUAGUUGUGAUUAGCCACUUUAAAAUGAAGCUCCUGUUAAUGUAUUCUACACUGGAUCAACUCAAGUCAGUACCAGUAGUCACUCUACUGCCACCUCCUGUUUGUUUCACCUUGGCUCACAUUAGUAGAAUUCAUUUUAACCCUCCAUUGCCCGAUCGACAAAUUUGUCAUACGAAGGUUUUCUAAACUUUUUAAACAUGCUUCUGCACAGGCCACUCGCACGUCGUCAUCCUUUCUGCCUUCCUCUCAAAACUAAGAGCACAGUUAUCAAGAUGAAUCCGCCUUCCAUUGUGCAUUUGAACCGAGUUCGCUGGACAAAGAUCUUUGAAGUUGGCGAAAUGUAUGAAGCAUGGGGCCCAGGUCUUGUCAUAUUAUUUGUUUCUCUACUGAUUUGUACAUUAUUUGUGGUCUUUUACUACUGUAUACAAUAAAUAUAGUUUGGUACUCAGA